AUGUCGCAGCAGCCCGACAGACCAUCGCCGCGCCCCGAGCGCGCACAAGACCCUAUGGGCCAAAUGGGCAGUGCAAAAGCGCCAGGACUAGCCAACCCGCCAGACGUCGACAACGCUCCACCAGCACUUCCAUUGCCCGACCCAAAGCGACAACGAGACCGGCCGUUGGCCUUCAACCCCGACCAGCAUGCCAACAGCGCGCUGAAGGAGCUUGACAGGAAGAUGCUCAAGGGUGAUAGCUGUGUGGCAGAACCGGCAUCUGAACUAAGAGUAGGACUGUGUGUAUCUGAAUCAGACCGACGACACCAAAGCAACGACAAUAACACCAUCCGCAUGCCGCCGAGCAACCCAUGCGGUCCCUGCAAGGAGACCUUCGGCAAAGACAUCCAGCAAUGCUCGUACGAAUAUCCAAACUGCACGAAUUACGCUGGGCUGCCGCAUGAUGAUCAUGAAUACGGUAAACAGUCGGAGUCUGCGUAUGGCCCACAAUGCAGCACACCUCGUUCGCCGCAAACCGCGAGCGUAUGGACAGGGUACGCACCUGGGCACAGAUCUUCGCCGCGGCCAGAGUCGAGCGCAUCGGUGGCUCCGCGAGGACGGCAAGCAGCCGCAGGAACUCAAGGGCAGCAACGGCAAGGCUACGGGCAAGCCCCACCCGCCAGCAACAGACCAAUCAUCCUUCCACCCCCGACACCAACAUUUCCACCACCACCGCCGCCGAAGCCACCGUUAGACCCUGAAAUGGAACCGGCGGUCCGGUCCAAAGACCCAUCGACCAAUCCCGCUGAGCCAGCUGAUCAGAACGCAAGCAGUAGACUGCGAGAUUUGAACAGUCGGAUGCUCAGAAACGACGGCAAAGGAUUCAAGAAGUCCUGA